AUGCCCUGUUACGUAGAUACUAUUGUGAAAAUUAGUCAGGUUCGUCAAUCUGAUAAAGAAGAAUCGAAGUUAACUGUUGUGUGGGCGAUUGGUGCCUAUCCCGUUAAAAGUGAAGAUCGAGAAAUGGAGAUGGUUUCAUUUAUUCCGAUAAUUGAUUAUGAGAGAGAUCCUAAUUCUCAGUCUGUUUUCGUGAAGAACGAGUAUUACAGCAUAGGUGGGAAGAAGUUUACUGCAGAAAGUCAUAGUAUACUCAGAGAUAUGAAUCCGCCUAUAACCAAGUCUUCUGCAUCUAACUCUUAUUCAUCUAAAUGUGUUAGGGUUGAGGAUGAAGAUCCUAAUCAUAUUGAUUCUGAUUACAUUGAGGAUGAAUGCAAAGAAGAUGUUGUUAAUGAAAGUAAAAAAUCAGGAAGCAUUUGUGAAAAAGUGAUUAAAGGGGAAACAAAUUCUUUUGUUGUUUAUAAUACAAGAAAACGUACUGAAAUGCUCAAAGGUGUAAAUAAUAACUUGGAUGGAAGAGAGUUUAAGAAGGCGAAAUGA